AAAUGGCCUUGAGCAACAAGAAACACAUCACGUGGUGAUGGGUUCCGAUGUCUAUAACCCUAAAGUAACGGUAUACAACAUUACUAAAUCCAGCCCACGCAUGAGACUGUAACGAUGAAAACGUUGGCACCCAAAUACAAAAUAAAAAUCAAACACACACACACACACGCCACACGUCGCCUCGAGCUGAUGCGGUCGGGCGAGCCGCUGUUUACCCGCAGUCAUGGACAACAACAGGAAGCGCGAGGCCGCGGGCGGCGCGCGGAGGGCUGGCCUCGCGCGCGGGGCUGGAGUCAGGUAACCGGCGCACAGACCCGCUCUCUGUUGCUCCUCGCAGACUGUAGCACACACGGAGGGAGGCGGCGCGCGAGCGGCUCGCCCCGGACGGUUUUGCCUCGUGUUGGAAUUAAUUUUUUUUGGUUGGUUUAAAAAAACACAACAACAAACAACAACAAAAACGCCAUCACCUUAUCUCCGAAACCAACUUUACGGACCUGUAACAUUUUAAAAAAAAAGUUUAAUAAACGUCAGCGCGGAGCUCAGCGCGGAGGCUAACUCAGGUGUUCUGUUACACGGGGAACUUUGAGCUAUUUUAGCUUUGUUGCUAGCUAAUUACGAAUUACUGUUCAAGGGCGACUUUGCUCUUUUUUUUGUUCUCCUCCUCGGUCUGUCGCGCCUCCACCUCCCGACCUGGUUUCGUCUCCCUCCCUCGGUUCUCUGGACUCGACGUAUCGAGUGGGCACAUUUGAACAGCUGCCAGGAUGGAUGAGACGGAGAAGUACCAACAGAGGCUGGAGGCCAUUGCUGAGAAGCGUCGGCUGCAGGAGGAGCAGGACCGAGCCAGGAGAGACGCGGAGGACGAGAAGCUCAGGCAACAGCAGCUCAAGAGAAAGUCUCUGAGGGACCAGUGGUUGAUGGACAAAGCUCCCUCGUCCCCGACCUCCCCGGAAGCCCCGAGCCCCCGCUCCCCUCUUUGGGGCCCCGAGGCCCACGAGAUCGAAGAGCGCAUUGACAGGUUGCAGUCAGAGAGUCAACGGUUGGCGGAGGAGAAAGAGGUGCACAGUGAACAGACGGAGGAUGGCCAAACGGAGGCCGUUAAAGAAGCAGAGCCUGAAGCAGAAAUGGUCCACUGUGCUGUUGUGCAGAACGGCGAGCACAAUGGAUCAGAUGAAGUGAAGACAAAACGCACCCAACUGGAGGAAACUGGACCACUCGUGAACAGUAGCGAAGCCAGCGACGACUCCCGGGCCUCCACCAGCGGAGAUGUUGGCGACAACAUGUCGGAGCUCGCGCUGAGUUUGGGCGUUUUUGAGGCAGAGCCUGGUCAGGCUCCAAGCGUCAACUUCAAUCCAGAGGGGGAGGGCAUUCUGGUGAUGAGAGCAGAGCGGGUGAUCAUCACAGACGAGGGGGACGAGGAUCUCGCACACCAGAAGGACACCGAGGAGGCGGGGCCAGAGGGAGUGGAGGCUGCGGAGGGGGAAGCGGAAACGGAGCUGGCUCCAGAAACGUUCACAGAACCAGAGAAGAGCGAGGCACUUGAACCCGCUGCAGAGGAACAGUCGGCACCCGGAGACUCGCAGGCGGGCGUGGCAACCGACGAAAGAUGUGACGGUGAGAAAAAACCCGAUGCGCAGGACAAAGAUUCACAAGGCCCGGCUGCUGCUCGGGCGCAGUCCCCAGCCGGCGCCCUAGAGGGCGUCGCGGCGGCUUCGGUGCCGCUCUACUCCCAGGCGCAGCGCCGCGCUCUCGCCCCCGAGCUGGAGGCAGGGGGCGGAGCUGCAACGUCACCAGAGGGAGCCGAGGCGACGCCGAAAGCUCCUCCUGGACAGUUCCAGGAGGUGCCCCUGGUUGACCCCCAGGACAGCCGGAGGACAGAGGUCGCGCCGAGGGAGCGGGACGCCCUUCUGGGCCGGGCAAAGUCCAGCGACACCGGACCAGAGCCGGCGGCAGCCUCCGGCAGCGCAGAGACUCACGGCUCGGCCAGAGCCGGUAAGGCAGCCGAGGCGCCCAAACACAAAAGCUGCCAGUGCUGCGCCGUCAUGUAGAACCCCCCCUCCCCCCGUGUACAUUCACCCCCCCCCCCCCCCCCCUCCCUCCUCGGUCUCACUGCCCUGCAACUCGACACACACUCCUGCCCUCUUGUCUCUGUCUGCCCACCCUAACUCCCCCCCGUGUAUCAUCUUGAAACGUCCUCAGUCCCGCUCCAGAGUUCUGAAAUGACUCCUCCAACCUGACGACUUGUGUGAGGUACGGACUGGACUCGUCGGUGUUUAAGUGCCUUUGGAGAGCUCUCUACCCGGAACUGCUCUUUUUAAAAUCUCUUCUCACAAAAUGUGGACCAAAAUAUGACUUUGUUUUCUAAUUAUUCUUUUU